CUCCGUCUUCAGAACCCGCCAUGUGCUCUACACCCGGCUUGUGUUAUUACACCGGACAAUAAUUUAGAAGUGAAGUGUGGUAGCUCGUACGGAAGUAGGGGUAAAAGCUAUAUAAGAGCAGGAAGAACAACCCGGUUCAUUUAUAGUAUAAGAUUGGUCGGUUUGUGCCUUGUGAGGUUUUUAACUUGUUCCCUAAAAUGAAGGACUACAUUCUAUUCACACUCUUAUUUGUUACGGUACUUGGUGAGAAAAGAGUUAAUUUAGAAGACAUUGAAAGAGACAAUCUAUACCUGGAAACAAAAACAGAUGAUGUGGCUGAUAGCAAAUACAAUAUCAAAUCAGAACAGGAUCAGUAUCAAGGUUCAACAAAUUUAUACGAAUCACAAAAUAAUCAACCCACCACAUACACAGAUCUCCAAUCAGUUAAAGGCUCUAAAUAUGCGCCGGAAGAGUACAGUCAGCAGAGUAAAUAUUCGCAAAAUAAGGCGGUUUAUCAAAAGCAACAACAAACAAUUGAGAGUGGAUCUCAACCAUUCGAUCAACCAAUACAGUACUAUACGGAAUUAGUACCUGAGAGCAGUCCUCAGACAACCCAUAAGUCACAACAGAUUGUCUAUCAACCGGAAUUAAUCGUCGGAAAUAAGAUUCAAACUCUUCAGCAGAAAGCUGCCGCUGGAAAGUACAUUAAAAGCUUUAAUAAAGAUCCCAUCUAUGUGAAUAUUCCGGCGACCCAGCUAUUCUCUUACUACCAAAAUCUGGAAUUUAACAAGGCCAACUCUAAAACCCAGCCACAGCCAUUGCUACAUCGACUAGCUGCUGAUCCAAACCAACACACAUCUCUUCCUCAUUCUAAUAGCUUGAAACAAAAUCAGUUCCAUACUCCUGGUAAAUUUGCUAUCCAAAUUCAACCGCAAUACGUAACUUAUGCACCAAAAUAUCCAUCUCACAGUCAGUCCACGGUUACCAAGGGAUACAAGAAUAAUAUUUAUACCGUUUCUGCUGAUAUGAAGGCGUACACAACACCCCAAAUUUUAUCAUCUCCAGUUUACACUCAGGCAGAGCCAGCGCACAGUCAACCAAAAAGUCUUUUUUAUCUGCCUCAACAACAACAACAACCAAGUCCGUAUUUUCCGCAGUUCAUAUAUACUGAACCGAAGGCUUUUUAUAGCCAGGCAUCUCCAGUCUAUGCCGAUUUAUAUGCAGGAUCACCAGCUUUUCUUCCGGAUAAUACUAUAAAUGGUCACGGAAAUCAGAAUUCGCCAAUUCAGCAAUUCUAUGUCCCAACAGCCAUCGACGAACAAUUGGUGAAACUUUUACAACAAUCGAAAAUUCGUGUUUCUUCUCAACAACAUGCCAAGGACCCUGAAAAGCCAAGAGAAAACUUUGUUCCACCACAAUUACCUGCCCAAAAAUUUAGAUCAAGUGUCACUCAGCUCCUUCCCGUUUCUACCGGAAGCGAAUCUGUUCCAGCAAAGAGUUUCAUGCAAUCCACGGAACCGAAAUCAUUACUGGAUACUUAUAUUCCAAGUUAUCUAAUUGCUGCUCAAGACACAGAAAGGUAUAUGGAGAGGCCGAUCAAAUUGGAGGGAGGUUUUCUACCAUCGAAGAUUAAUUUUAUUCAUUCUUACAAGAAACGUAAGUCGGAGUAAAACAAUGCAACAUAAUAGAAAGGAAGUUAACCUGAGAUUUGGUCCCAGACAGAGGGAGUGGUGCGUAUCGGCAGACCGUGUCAGUUCCACAGGAAGUCGAAAGUAAAGUAUAUCCCAUCUAGUCCUUUAUCAACGAUCACGAAAAACGUGUAAUUUUUACUAUAAUUUUGACUAAUACGAUAGUACAAGUUUUAUACCCUGUUUUAUUUGUAAUAAAAUUUUAGACAAAA